AUGGUCAUUCCAAUACUCACCUCUGAGCCUGCUCAGACUGAGGACAACACACACUUUGACUUUGCAUCUGCUGCUGAGAGAAGAACAGGGAAGGGAGAGAAAGGUGGAAUCCAAAUUAAAAAAGUGUUGAAGGAGAUGGGAGGAAAAGGGAAGAAGAUUUUAAAUAUCGCUAAAUAUCAAGUCUCAAACAUGUCUGCUGCGGAAAGCAAGCACAGCAAAUCUGAUCUCUCUGAUGCAGUGAGUUCACUGCUGCCACAUCCUGAAUCGCUGAGCAACCGUGUCCCACUGGGUGGGGAAGGUGAGAGGUCAGCCACUGGUCGCACGGAUUUCUUCCGAAACCUGGAAAGAGUGGAGACUCUACGCAGCUAUUGGGAGCUCAAACAUGUUCAGAUGGAGGGCCUGGGGCAGCUGAAAGAAAAGGAAUGCAAGGAGAAGCUGGUGUUGAACUCCCAGAAGAAAAGACCACCAGAUGUAACAGCUGCAGCCCAGGAUGACUUGGAAAAGGUACAAAUGCUCAAUCAACAAAACACCAGCCUUUCCCAUGGCAAUGCUGAAACGGAUGUGAGCACAAAAGGACUUCUGGACUUUAUCCAAGAUGUGAAAGAAGCACAAACUGAGAAGGAAAAUGAUGAAGAAGAGCUGCAAGCACAGGAGGAAAAAGAGGGCAGUAAGGAAGAUCAAGAUAUUCUCAAAGAAUCCAGGUUGAAUGAGAAAGUAGAGACAAACAAAGAGGAAGAGAGUCAGAGAAUAGAAAAAGAAGAUGGUUUGAGUGUCCCUGAAGUGCCGUCUUUACUCCUGUCAAACUGUAAGCUUAGUCGAGGCCAUGAAGUCCCCCAGGAAAGCAACAGUGAACAUGUGGAGUUGAUCGCCAGCACAAAGAGACGAGUCGACAAUCUGGAGAAAGAUGAUCUCAAAAAAAGCAGAGUGGAGGAAAGGUCAGAGGAGGUCGAAAAAAGUGAGGAAGAAGAGAAGCCUGGAGUGGGAGCAUCCAAAGUGAAACCAGAAAAACCUGAGGAUGAGAGGAAAGAAGUAGAGCCAAGACCUGAGGAGUACAUCAUAGAUUGCUCACCUCCUCCUCCAGCACCCUUUGAGCACCGUGUGGUUACAACCAAAACCCAACAUAUAGCUACCUAUUACACCAUCAACAGAGAGGAAGUGCUUGGAGGUGGGCGCUUUGGAAUGGUCCGUAAGUGUGUGGAGAUUACCUCUGGCCUCACGCUGGCAGCUAAGAUCAUCAAAACCAGGAAUCAAAAGGAGAAGGAAGUGGUUAAAAGUGAGAUUGAGGUUAUGAACCAGCUGAACCAUGCUAGCCUCAUCCAGCUCUAUGCUGCUUAUGAAUCACGCACUGAUAUCACUCUUGUCAUGGAGUAUGUCGAGGGAGGAGAAUUAUUUGACCGCAUCAUCGAUGAGAAUUACAAUUUGACUGAAUUGGACACAGUGCUGUUAAUCAGACAGAUCGCCGAGGGGCUGCAGUACAUGCACAAGAUGUACAUACUGCACCUUGACUUGAAGCCAGAAAAUAUACUGUGCGUGAGCCGACAAACAAACAAAAUCAAGAUCAUUGACUUUGGCUUGGCCAGAAGAUAUAAACCAAGGGAGAAGCUCAGAGUGAAUUUUGGCACACCUGAGUUCCUUGCACCUGAGGUGAUCAACUAUGAGUUUGUCUCCUUCCCAACAGAUAUGUGGAGCUUAGGAGUCAUUACCUACAUGCUGCUAAGUGGUCUCUCUCCUUUCCUGGGUGAUGAUGACAAUGAGACACUGAAUAACAUCCUAGAAUGUAAGUGGAGCUUUGAAGAGGCUGAGUUUGCAGAUAUCUCUGAUGAAGCCAAAGACUUCAUAACACACCUGCUCAUUAAGAGCAAGAGUUGGCGGAUGAGUGCAUCUCAGUCCCUGAAACAUCCCUGGCUGUCUGACCGAUCACUUCACUAUCGUCUGCAUCAGAAAAGAAACAAGUGCCACUCCACACAUGCUCCUCCACCAGAGAGCUAAAACAGAAAACAUCUUUCCCCAUGUGAAAAACUGGACCAACGACCCUGCACCUGAAUGUCCACCAGCUCCUAUACAACAAUGAAUCUCCAUUUCACAACCAUUAUACAUAGGAUAGAUAGCACAAUACAAACUAUUUUCUCACAAUACCUGAACAAAAGGACAGAGCUUUACAGUCCUCCACUUGCUGCAUACCGAAA